AUGAUUCUUAAAGAAAUUGUCUUAGAAUAUCAACCAAAAUUGAUGAAGAAACCCAUGCUUAUUUUCUGCUGGAUCCUAGUAUUUUUGGUCAGAGCAGCAAAAGUUGGAGAGAUUAACUUGUUAGGAUGUUCCCAUGUUGAACCUCUGUGGUAUCAUGCAAUUCGUGAUGAAGACUUUGUUUUACAAUGUGCUUUACCAGACAGACAUGCUUCACAUAUCUACAACAACUCACUUCCAAAACAUCAUAAGGUGAAAUGGUUCUGGAGUCAAAAAGAUGAAGAUCCUUUGAAGGCUCUCAAGGAAAGUUCUAAUCCUGCUCUUCAAGUGGAUGCACUUUGGUUUAAACCAAUAAAUGACAGUGCUUCUGGAGUGUAUGUCUGCAUGAUACAGGGAAAAAUCCCAUGUCUUAAAAUUGUUUUGGAGGUUCAAACAAAGGAAGAGGCGAAGUGUUCCGAUUAUGACACAAAUAUACUUUAUCUUCUUGUGGACAAUGGGAAUUCAAUAACUUGUCCUGGGAUGAAAUGCUACAGCCAUAUAAAAAAGUCAGAUGUAAAAUGGUACAAGGAUGGUUAUCAGAUAAAAUACCUGAAAAGAAGACAAAGCCUAAAGCUUAAGCAUAAUGAAAUCUACUUGAAUCCAACAUAUGAAAAAGAUGCUGGAAUGUAUGUGUGUGAUUACAUUCUAUAUGACAACGCUACCAAGUGGACAAUGAGAACAGUGGUGAAAGUAGAAGUCAUUGCAAAAAACACUAUCCAUCCACCAAACCUCUUGUAUCCCAAUGGUGUGACGAUCCUUGAGGCAGAGCUUGGAAAGCCACUUGAAUUGGAAUGUCGUGUACAGUUUGGGUUUGAAAGAGUUCCUCUGAUGAGGGUAACAUGGAAGAGAAACAACAAAGAGAAUAUAAAUGAAAAACUGAAUCAGGAAACAAGCAUUUAUCCAAAAGGUUUAAAAGGCCACACGCUUCUUCAUGUUGCAAAACUGAAAGAAGUAACUGAAAAAGAUCUCAGAAGCAACUUCACAUGUUUUGCUGAGAAUUUGGUUGGGAAUGCCACAGCUGUGAUCCAACUGAAAAGAACGCAGAGAGUGUUUCUUUUAUACAUCCUGUGUAGUGCCAUUUCCACUCUAUUUGUGCUCCUUUUGUGCACUGCCCUUAUUUAUCAGUACUGGAUUGAAAUAGUGCUGGUGUACAGAAGUUAUCUGGUCCGCAAUGAAACUAUGGGAGAUGGCAAAGAAUUUGAUGCAUUUGUGUCCUAUGCAAAAUUAGACUCUUCUGAGAAUGACUCUCCUUUAAUUAGUGAGGAAAAAUUUGCCCUGGAGCUUCUUCCAGACAUGCUGGAAAAUAAAUAUGGAUACAAGUUAUGCAUUCUUGAAAGAGAUAUUCUUCCAGGAGGAGCAUACACAGAUGAAGUUGUUACAGCUAUUAAACAAAGCAGACGAGUGAUAAUUAUUUUGAGCCCAGCCUAUGUCAGUGGAUCAAGCAUCUUCGAAUUGCAGGCAGCGGUGAACUGUGCGUUGGAAGACAAAAAGAUCAAACUGGUCUUAAUAAAGUUCCAGGCUUUCCAAGAGCCAGAGACUUUGCCUGCAGAAGUGAAGAAAGCUCUUCGAAUUUUACCAGUGGUUACCUGGAAGCCUUUUAUUUCUGCUGCUCCAGACAAGAAGUUCUGGAAAUAUAUGCAUUAUCACAUGCCUGUGAAAACGACUAAGAUGCUGAGUAACUGCAGCCUAAAGGGCUCCUUUCAAAGGUUACUCAGCCUACUAUAUCAAUAACAGAAAUUUCACAGAGGGAUCACAGCAGACUCAGGGAUGGUGAUGUGAAAGACCUGCCACAUCAGUUGAAGUACAGGGUUAACCCUCCUGGGUGAGUGAUCUUGAACCUGACCCCAGGUGGUCUUGAUCUCUCACCAGGGGUGGGUCUGAGCACUACCAGGUGAUGGUGGUUAGCCCACUCUCCCUUCCUGCCUAAGAUCCAUAAAAGCAGGGGGACUUUUGGUUUGCUCUUUCUCUUCCUGCCUCUCCUGCGAGCCAGCAAUCAGCCAUCAUCCUAUUUCUUGCUGCUCUUUGUUUCACCAUGUGUCCAUCGCUCACGAGGCGGACAAAACCCAUUGCCAUCAAAUCUGGUUGUAUAUUUGCCUAUUUUGUAUCUUGUUUUCCCCUCCCUAUAUCUUUGCAACUUCCCUACCUCACAUGCCUUUUAUUUAUGUUUGGACUUUUCUUCUUUUAACUUCCAAAUCGCAGUGAGGUUAUUUAUUUGGGUCUGCAUCUCUUUUCUCUCUCUACAUCUAAUUCCUUUUCUUUUGGGAAAGAAGGGGGAAGAGGGAAGGGCACCCUAUCAAUUGCUAUUGGUUCUAUCAACUCUAUUUGAGUUUCAGGGGAAUUUAAAUUAGAACUGAGACAGCUGACUACUGUGGAGUAGCACUGCAGUGACACACAGUGAGCAGUAGCUCACUGCAAAAGAUUGAGAAGGACUGCAGUAUGACAAUGCUGCAGCCCCACAGUAAAAUUAAGUGGCACUGCACACAAGUGUAAAUGUGAGCUACCAUUCAGAAUUUUUAGAUUUUAUUAUCUUUUAAAAUUGUAUUAUUUUGCUGUGGUGUUCAAAUGUACACACG